AUGGAGAACAAGGCCGUGGAUCUCCACACCUUCUCCGAGAGGGAGAACGGAUCCGUCCUGGAGGAGCCCUUCGAGGGACGGAGCCUUUCCAAGCUGAACCUCUGCGAGCACGAUCCCGGCCGCAGGAUGAGGCCCUGGGGGUGCCGUGGCCGUGUGGGCUCCGUGGCCGCGCUGAAAUAUUCCGUGGUGGGACUUUACCUGCUGGUGCUCCUCAUCCUGGUGGGAAUCUUCAUCCUGGCAGUGUCCCGGCCCCAGGCAUCCCCUGAGGAGCUGAAGGCGCUGAUGGGGAACGUCCAACGCCUCAACGAGACCUUCCGGGACUUUCAGCUGCAGCUGCUGCCGCGCCCCCCGCCCCAGGGCGACCUCCUGGAGCACGUCUGGAGGCUGCAGGACCUCCUGCAGAACCACUCGGACUCGCUGCUGCUGCUCUCGGCCUCGCUGCAGAGGCUGCAGGCGCUGCUGCGGGCGCUGCAGAGCCAGGCCGGACAGACGGACAGCUCGCUGCAGCGGCUGCGGGACUCGCUGGGCCGGCAGAGCGACGCGGCGCAGCUGGAGCUGUCGCGGCUCUCGGUGGAGGCCAACAGCAGCCGGCUGCUCCUGGAGCACCACCAGCACCUCCUGGGACACCUGGGCGGGCGGCUGGAGGCGCUGGGCGAGCAGGCGGCGGCGCUGGGCGCGGCGGUGGAGUCCAUGAACCGCAGCUUCUCCUACGACCUGCGCCUGCAGCGCUCCCGGCUCCGGGACCUGCAGGGGCUCCUGGGCAACGCCAGCGCCGACGGGCGCAGGAUGAGGGCGGCGCACGGGGCCAUGGAGAGGCAGCUGAGGCUGGAGCUGGCCCUGCUCAACAACGUCACCGAGGAGCUGCGCAUGAAGGACUGGGAGCAUUCCGUGGCGCUGAGGAACAUCUCCGUGAUCCGGGGGCCGCCGGGACCCAAAGGAGACCGAGGCACGGAGGGGAUGGAGGGGGAACCCGGCCUGCCCGGCCUCCCCGGGCUCCGAGGCCUUCCCGGGGAGCGGGGACUGCCCGGCCCGCGCGGACUGAAGGGGGACCCGGGAGAGCUGGGCCCGCGCGGCCCCGCGGGAAUGCGGGGGCUCAAAGGCGAGCGCGGCCCCAAGGGGGACAAGGGGGACCGGGGGGACCGAGGAGCGGCCGGUGGCACCGUUCCCUCCGAGGGCUCGGUGCGCCUGGUGAACGGCUCCGGGGCCCACGAGGGGCGCCUGGAGAUUUUCCACGAGCGGCGCUGGGGCUCCGUGUGCGACGACGGCUGGGACGGGCGGGACGGGGACGUGGCGUGCCGCAUGCUCGGCUACCCCGGCGCCGCCGACGUCUUCCGCAUGGCGCGCUUCGGACAAGGCACGGGGAAGAUCUGGAUGGACGACGUGUCCUGCUCGGGCACCGAGGAGUCCCUGGAGCUCUGCAGCUUCUCGGGGUGGGGCCGGACAAACUGCGGCCACGCCGAGGACGCCGGAGUGCGCUGCCGGACAGACUGA